GCGAAAAGGUCAUCCCUUCUAACGGUCGGAAAAAAGUCUUAAAAACUCCUACUCGUUGCCGCUCCUGACGUUACAUAAUCCCCGUGACUCCUCCAGGCCAUUAGCCAUUCAUUUACCUUCAUCAAUAUCCAAAUCUCGAAGAAGGAAAAACCCCAUUGAAUUCCUUUGUUUUAUCAGUUUCGUAAUCAUAAUCCAUAUAGAUCACACAAUCUUUUGUUUCUUACUCUUUUUUGCUUCUUUGGCAGGUUCUUUCAACAGUAUGGAGCCAGGAAUCAUUGAUUGGGACAGCAUUGAUUCUGUAUUCAUCGAAGAUGACACUUAUGAGAACAUGAAUGCACCAAAAUGGGUUGAUUUAUCUGCCUUUCCUGAACAACCUGCCAAUGAUGAAGCUUGGUUCUGCAAACCUGGUUGCAAGCAUCCAAAGACUAUUGAAGAUUAUCUCAAGUCAAAACGGGGUUCGAAGGUGAAAUUUCCGAAGUCUGUUACUAUAUCUGAAAUGCUUCCUUUCAGGGACAGGAAUCGCAGAGACGCAAAGCUGAAAAAAGCAGAAAUUCCCAAUCCACAUACCCUCAAAACAAAAGGGUACAAAUCUGUUCACAGUUUCCGGGAAGAUUGUGAAAACAAGAAUCCGAACUUAUCUAAUAGAAAACCUGAUACCGAUGAACUGCCAAAGAAAGCAAACAUCAGACUAAGAGAAGCUAGGGACGAUUUACACGCAAACUCAACAAAAGCAAAGCUAAGGACUACAUUUUCAGCCCGGAAUUUGUUAGCAGGAAAGGAAGUAUUAAGUCAGAUAAAAGAAUUCUGCUGUGAAUUAAAGAGCCUGGCAAAGAAGGGGACGAAUAAUGGGUCAACGAAAAAGGUGUCUGUCAGGGUUUUGGGUGAGAAGGAGAGAGAAAAGGAGAGGAUGCCAUUGCUUGCGGUCAAGGAAGGGAGGCAAUCUAAAGUAAUGGAACAGAGUAAACGACAGACAGGGUGGGAGAAAAAUGUUCGGUUUUGAUCAAGAUUUUGUAAAAAUUAUUUUGCUGCCACUUGAUAUUGCAUACCCAAAGCUAGAUAGAAACUUGAAUAAGAUACAUGGGGUGCCAUUGAUUACCUAAAUAUAUGUGAUAUGAUCAUAAACAUAGAAUAGAAACUGAAUUAUUUUGCUGUGAUGGUUUCUCUCUAUAUAUAUUUUUAUCCCAAGCUCUGUUUCUCAUGAA